AUGGUUGGAAAACUGAAGCAGAACUUACUAUUGGCAUGUCUGGUUAUUAGUUCUGUGACUGUGUUUUACUUGGGCCAACACGCCAUGGAAUGUCAUCACCGAAUAGAAGAACGUAGCCAGCCCCUCAAAUUGGAGAGCACAAAGACCACUGUGAGAACUGGCCUGGACAUCAAAGUGAAUAAAACCUUUGCCUAUCACAAAGAUAUGCCUUUGAUAUUUAUUGGAGGUGUGCCUCGGAGUGGAACCACACUCAUGAGGGCCAUGCUAGAUGCACACCCCGAUAUUCGCUGUGGAGAGGAAACCAGAGUCAUUCCCCGAAUCCUGGCCUUGAAGCAGAUGUGGUCACGGUCAAGUAAAGAGAAAAUACGCUUGGAUGAGGCUGGUGUUACUGAUGAAGUGCUGGAUUCUGCCAUGCAAGCCUUCUUACUAGAAAUUAUUGUUAAGCAUGGGGAACCAGCCCCUUAUUUAUGUAAUAAAGAUCCUUUUGCCCUGAAAUCCUUAACUUACCUUGCUAGGUUAUUCCCUAAUGCCAAAUUUCUCCUCAUGGUCCGAGAUGGCCGGGCAUCAGUACAUUCAAUGAUUUCUCGGAAAGUUACUAUAGCUGGGUUUGACCUGAAUAGCUAUAGAGACUGUUUGACCAAGUGGAAUCGUGCCAUAGAGACCAUGUAUAAUCAAUGUAUGGAAGUUGGCUAUAAAAAAUGCAUGUUAGUUCACUAUGAACAACUUGUCUUACAUCCUGAACGGUGGAUGAGAACGCUCUUAAAGUUCCUUCAUAUUCCAUGGAACUACUCAGUAUUACAUCAUGAAGAGAUGAUUGGGAAAGCUGGGGGAGUAUCUCUGUCAAAAGUGGAGAGAUCUACAGACCAAGUCAUCAAGCCAGUCAAUGUAGGAGCACUAUCAAAAUGGGUUGGGAAGAUACCCCCAGAUGUUUUACAAGACAUGGCAGUGAUUGCACCCAUGCUUGCCAAACUUGGAUAUGACCCAUAUGCCAAUCCACCUAACUAUGGAAAACCUGAUCCCAAAAUUCUUGAAAACACUAGAAGGGUCUAUAAAGGAGAAUUUCAGCUACCUGAAUUUCUUAAAGAAAAACCUCAGCAAAUUGCCUGGCACAUUCCAGGAGCCCAGGAAAAUAUUCGGGAGGAGGCCACAUACUCCUCUAGAGCCUAUCAGAAUGGGAGAGGAGGACAUUUUUCAACUCUAACCCAGCCUGACUCCAGUGCUUGCCCCAAAGGAGAUGUGAUUUUUAUUCCCCACACCUGCCCUCCCCUGGAGACUCCCUUGUUACAAGCAGGAGUGUAUUGGAAAAGGAAAAGGGCAGAGAACCGCCGCACAAAAUCACUGACUCAGGAAAGAGGCAACCACGGCACACUGGCCUGA